ACUUUUGCUAGGAGUGUCCGUUUUCAGCGUGCGAGGACUUUCUAGAAAGGUCUCAACGAGACGCAUAGGGGGGCGAUGUCUCCCGCCCCCAGCGCUCCAAAAUCUUUUGCACAAGCGGUGGCAGGCUCCUCCACUCCAGGUAUUUCUUUACGGGCUAAUGUCUCCCGCCCUUGUGCUAUUCUCCCUAAUGUUGUUGUUGAGGAUAAAAUCCCUACGGUCCAUAGGAUUCAGUUUACCGGACAAUUCCCCAUGCGACUGUUUAGGUGGUCCCCGGAAUUUAACGUUAAAACUGAAUCUUCUGUUGCGCCGGUGUGGGUGACUUUUCCUAGUUUGAGGGCUGAUUUAUUUAAUGAAAGUGCCAUUCAUCAGCUUUGUAAGCCCAUUGGGAGGUGUUUGAAAGUGGACAUUGCUACGUCCAAUUUCUCACAUCCCAAUGUGGCUAAGGCUAGGGUGGAGAUUGAUUUGUUGAAGCCUAGGAUUGAACAGAUUUGGAUUGGUUUCUCUGAUGUCCCUGGUGAGGAGGAUGUGGGCAUGUUUCAGUCUGUGGAAUAUGAACGCAUCCCAAAGUACUGCACGGCUUGUUUUAAACAGGGUCACGACAAUUCUUCGUGCAAUACUUUGACUCCUAGUCAGCCUGAUCAGAGAACAGUUGUUGUGGUUCCCCAACCUUCCACGGCUGCACCCACGAAUACCCAACCUCCUCGCCGGAGGCGAAGUAAGAGUCGGGUCAGACGUCAAAGGGAGGGGAAAGGUAUUGCUCUUGAUGAUGCAGGUGCAAACGCAGGUGGCUCCCAGCGGGAGGAGUCACAGUAUGUUUGGAGAGAAAAGACAGCGAAAGGAUCCAGACCUAUUGAGGUCGUGGAUGUUAAUGGUUUAGGUAAGGGGGAGGGACCCUCAUCCGGCUUGCAGGCCUUUGUGCCCACUUCUUCGCAUCCCUCACCGAAUGUUGUUAUACCUGAGGCUAGUUUAGCUCCUUCUUCUGUUAACGCCACAAUUCCCAUACCUGUUGUGGUUGAACAGUCGGCGUCUCUGACUUUAGAGCCAUCUGCUCCUCCUACCGGAGUUGAGCCAGGCUCCGUUGUUGCCUCUCUUCCUCUCCUCACUUCUUCUUCUUCUCCUAUUGUUCAUGUUCCCGAUCCUCAUCCCCCAGAGCUAGCUCUUGUUAUGUCCAAUACUUUUGAUGCUUUGGGGGAGAUGCCUGGGGACAGUCAUGAGGUCUGUGGCUUUAAUACUGCUGCUUCUUCCAUUCCUUCCAACUCAGUAAGGAAGGAGGAUGACGACUGUAGCUCGCAGACUAGUGACGGGUCCACGGGUGAUCAUUUUGAGGAUCCGACUGACAUUGCCCGGGAUCUUGCAGCGAGUGGUCUCUCUCCUGCAAGGGAGGCUCCGACUACUAGGGAGCACGAGGAUUUUCAGAGAGUUGUGGCGGAUUCUUGGCGGGAGGACAUUGCUGGCAGUCCCAUGUUCAUAUUUGGUGCUAAGCUCAAGCGUCUGGCACAUAGCUUGAAGAGGUGGAACCGUGAUACCUUCGGUCACAUCUUUGACAGGCUCAAGACGCUUGAGCAGGAUGUUCGGGACAUUGAGCUACAGUUGCAGACAGAUCCUUCGGAUGAGACAUACAUCGAGUUCAAACGGCGCUCUGCACUUUUGAAGCGCCAGUAUCGUAUCGAGGAUGAGUUUUGGCGGCAG